AUGGCGGAGGAGCAAGUUUGGAGCACUACCGCUCGCGUGGUCGGCGCCGUGCUACCCGCCCUAGCUACCGUCUUCUUCAACGGCAUCCCGGGCGCCACUGGCGGCAGCAACUUGCCGCGCUGGGGCGUUCGGCUGCCGAUUCUUCUGACCUGCGCGCUGCAGCUGUGGUUCACGCUGGUGUCGCUGACGGUGCCGGAGCCGUAUCUUGACGAAAUAUUUCACAUUCCACAGGCUCAAAAGUACUGCGAGGGUCGUUUCUUUGACUGGGAUGACAAAAUUACAACACCUCCAGGAUUAUAUCUCAUCUCUGUCGCUGUUCACAGAAUCGCCACUACACUCCGCAUCCCGCCGCUCAACGUCUGCGAUGUAUUUAGCCUCCGUCUCAUCAACUGUGCCGGCGUCCUGGGCAUCAGCUACCUUGCGCUCUGGUGUCGGCAGGCCAUCGAGGCGAGACAGCACGAGGCCAUCAGCAGCCUGUCACCAGCGCGCGUUCGCGCCUUUUCCCAGUACGCCCUGCAUACGGCCAUCAACAUUGGCCUUUUCCCGCUGAUCUUCUUCUUUGGCGGGCUGUACUACACCGACGUUUUGUCGACAGGCGUGGUGCUCGCUGCAUUUGUCAACCACCUGUCGCGCGUGGGCGUGGUACACAGCUCAGUGUGGAGCGACCUCGUCACGAUUGUGCUCGGCGCGGCUGCGCUAUGCAUGCGCCAGACGAAUGUAUUCUGGAUCGUCGUAUUCUUGGGCGGCCUGGAAGCGGUGCAUGCAGUCAAGACGCUCCGGCCGGAUAGGGUGGACCAGCCGGUGAUGAAGACGGUGCGGGAGCGGUGCCAGUACUUUGCCUGGAGAUAUUCGGUGGGCGAUAUUCAUGACUUGCCUGUCCACAGGGCAUAUCCUGAUGACAUGAUCUUCACUGUGCUCAGUAUCGGCAUUGCAGUCGUUCGAAACCCUCUGCGAGUGACUAGGCAAAUCUGGCCCUACGUUGCUGUCCUUGCUUCCUUUGCUGCCUUUGUGCAUUGGAACGGCAGCGUAGUGCUCGGCGAUAAGUCCAAUCACGUCGCCACGAUUCAUCUCGCGCAGAUGCUGUACAUCUGGCCUUUUUUUGCCUUCUUUUCACUUCCCCUCCUCAUCCCCUCCGGGUUGUCAUUCCUCAACAUGAUUGUUUCCUUUUUCGGCACAGCCGCUGACAUUUCUGAGGUCGCUGAUGCCGCUACAAAGCCAGACACCGCUUCCAGAGCUGCUCACAUCUCUUCGGUCGACUUCAUCUACUCCAAGGUUCUCUGGCCCGCGUACCUCGCCGCAACUGGUGUCCUCUCCUUAGCCGUUGUCCAUUUCAACACCGUGAUCCACCCGUUCACGCUCGCCGACAACCGCCACUACAUGUUCUACGUUUUUCGUCACACUAUUCGCCGGAGCUCCGUUUUGCGUCUCGCCCUUGUGCUGCCCUACACGCUGUGCCGCUGGAUGGUCUGGGACGCCCUCGGCGGCCACAACAGCUGGUCGGGCGAGGAGCAGCCCACCGCCUUUAUCAGCCACCCUUUCUGGACGCCAACCUCGCCCAAGGUCAAACGGCAGACCAGCACCUUGUAUCCACGUUCGCCAGAAGCGAAUUCUACAGAUGAGAGCCGCAAAGCCAGCGAGACAACGCUCAAGGCGCGCCUGGAGCUGGAUAGCCUAUAUCUGUCCAAGAAAUCCGUGUCCACAUCCACAGGCCUCAUCUUUCUACUCGCGACGGCACUUUCGCUCGUCACGGCGCCGCUUGUCGAGCCGCGCUACUUUAUGAUUCCGUGGGUGAUGUGGCGGCUGAUGGUGCCGGCGUGGCGUUUGAAGGACCAUUUGCGAGGCGGGUUCCUGGAGGGCAGCGAGACUGCCGAGGCUGUUGCGCAAUGGAGCAGCAGCUACGACAUGCGCCUAUUCCUAGAGAGCGCUUGGCACGUGUUGAUUAACCUCGCCACGGGGUACGUCUUUUUGUACAAGCCGUACGUGUGGAAGGCCGAGGACGGGACAGUGCUGGACGGUGGAAAUCUACAGCGCUUUAUGUGUAUCUCGAGAAAGAUAUAUCUCGUGAAAUAUGUGUAUAAAGCUACGAAAGCUUAA